UAGUCCAUCCGGGUUCUGCGAGAUGCUGUUUGGCGACUCGUCGCCAUUCCCGGAGCAGCUCGGCCUCGGCCUAGAGGCGAGUGUCGGUCCUGUGUCGGAGACCUGGGUCCCCGGCACUGAGAUAACUAGCCCUCUCUCCUGCCCCGCGGCGGGAGAGCGUGUCCGGCCGGCCGGCGGGGCUCGCGCACCCUCCCUCGUCUCCCCUUCCCGGGCAGCCUCCGCCCCGCCAGGCCCGGCCCGGACCUCCGAGCCCCGGCCUCUUCCUCCUCUCGGUCACCGCCGCCGCUGGGCUCCACGGCCCCGCCCGCCGCUUCUCUUUCUAUUUCGAGAAGCUGAAGAAGGAAACAAGGAAAAAUGUCGCCAUGAAGGCCGAGAACCGCUGCCGCCGCCGACCCCCGCCGGCCCUGAACGCCAUGAGCCUGGCUCCCCGCCGCGCCCGCUCCGCUCCGACCGCCGUCGCCGCCGAGGCCCCAUUUGA